UGUCGCAGCAUAUUUGAGGUUAGCUUUAUUAUUCAAGUGGAAGGUGGAAGGUCAUAAACCUUAUUCAUCAUUCUUUUCAAUCGCAAAAUGAAAGGUCCACAAUAUAACUAGAUAAACGCUAAGCAACAUGUGUAUAAAGAAGAAAAUAGCGAGCUCAAAAUCAGUGCAUUAAACUUAACAGGAUCAUAUGGAAGAAACGUGUGUUUAAAAGUAAAUAAAUAAAUAUAUAAUUAUUAUGGAUAUGGAGCAAGGUAUUAAACAAGAGAUGCUGAACGAAAAGUCAAGGAACAACUCGAAUAUAUGUUUAACAGUGGAAUUGUGUGUGGUUUGUGGGGACAGAGCCUCGGGAAGGCACUAUGGGGCAAUCAGCUGUGAAGGAUGUAAAGGCUUUUUCAAAAGGUCAAUACGUAAACAACUGGGCUACCAAUGCAGGGGCAGCAAGAACUGCGAAGUCACUAAACACCACAGAAAUCGCUGUCAGUACUGUAGACUACAAAAAUGCCUUGCUUGUGGAAUGAGAAGCGAUUCUGUUCAACAUGAAAGAAAGCCCAUUAUCGACAAGAAAGAGUAUUCAAACAACACAGGAAGUAACUUUGUAAAUUCAAACCAAACAAAUCCUGCAAACAAAAUAUUUAUACGGAAAGAUUUAAAUUCUGAUUCUGCUAUUAUCCCCAGCCACUUCAAUCCAUGCGAUUUGGGCAUCCAGUUCCUAAAUAAACUAAACAGCAAUACCACUGAUGUACCUUACCAUCUAUCCCCAACCCAAAUAAGCAUUGAGGAUGAUGUUUCAAUGGAUAGUACAAACACCGGAACAGAAUUAAUAGAUGCCUUGGCAGUUGCAAGAGAUAAGCAACUGAUUUCAAAGGCGUUGGACACAAUGGCAAGGGUGCAAUCUUUGAAUGGUGCUGACUUGGCAACAUUGCCCACUGAAGAGAGGGCUUUCGAGUAUGAUGGUCCCAUUUUGCAGGAACAACAUGUGCCUUUUAACCUGCAAAUCCCAGGCCCUGUUCCUCCAUAUUUAAACAUACAUUACAUAUGCGAGAGUGGUUCUAGACUGUUGUUUUUGUCUGUGCACUGGGCUAAAAAUAUACCGGCCUUCCAAAUUUUAAGUUCUGAGAGUCAAAUUGCCUUGUUGAGGGGAUGUUGGUCCGAGCUGUUUACACUUGGUUUGGCCCAAUGUUCCCAUUCAUUAUCCUUAAGUACAAUUUUGUCUGCCUUAAUAAGUCACCUACAUGCUUCCAUAGCCCAAGAUAAAAUGUCUCCGAAUAAAGUUAAACAAGUUACAGAUCACAUAGUCAAACUCCAAGACUAUGUUAACAUAAUGUCUAGGCUACAUAUAGAUGAUAAAGAAUACGCCUACUUAAAAGCGAUAGCUUUAUUCUCUGUCGAGUUGCCCGACGUCGUUUUGAGGAAGCAAUUGGAGCGUUUUCAGGAAAAAUCGUUCCAGUCUUUGAGGAACUACGUCAACGUUAACUCUCCGGAUGACUCGGACCGAUUUCCAAGAUUGUUGCUGAGAUUGCCGCCGUUGCGAGCCCUCGAGCCCAGUAUACUUGAAGAGUUGUUUUUUGCCGCCCUUAUUGGAAAAGUACAGAUUGAUUCGGUUAUUCCCUAUAUUUUGCGAAUGGGUUCAACCGGGAAUAGAGUGAAGAGUGAGCUUAUGGAAGAGUUUGGCUGUAAAUAGCGUUUUAUAUUAUUAUUUAUUAUUAUAUUUAAUAAUUUUAGAUUUGGGUAUUAUAUUUGCUACUUAAUAUAUUUUAUACUGAUCUCCCCAAAAAAAUAUUCAUUUACUCUUAUUCUUUUAAUGCUUCAUUAGUACCUGCUACUGUUUCUAUGAAGUUGUAACAUGUUUUUUUUAUUUUUAUUGUGUGCAAUUGUGAUACAAUUUCAAAAACUACUUAUAAUGUGUAUGUAGCAAGUUAAAUGAAUUAUCUAAAGAUAUAUUAUAACUAAAGUAAGUUUAGGUGGUUUAACACCUUUAAUAUAUUUUUAAUUUAAUGCACUGACUGAGUAUUCAAAUACAAAUGGUGUGAUUACCAUUUUUUAAUAAUGGUAUGUGCCUUUUAUGAGACAAUGUACCCAAAUACCAUAUGUAUUUUUUGUAUAAUAUAAAACAUUUUUUAUA